GGUCGGAUGUAUAAGAGGAGGAGUUGGAGAGGAGCAGAUGCACACCCCCAUCGGCUACCACCCCGUCAGCACCUCCCCCUCGCUCAGCCUUCAACCAUGGCCCUCUGGACCAGCUUGGUGCUGUUGUCUGCUUUAGCAGUUAGCGCACUGAGUUUGCCUCGGCCAGACGAAAGUGCCUACAAGAUUCCUCAAGUGGGCACUGGAAGGCGUUCACAGUACUACGUUCUGCAUGACGAUGGAACGUACAAGUACGGCUACGACACUGGCGAGGGAGCCUUUGAGAGUACUCGGCUCAAGUCUGCUGGUAAACAAGACGGAGAGUUUGGCUACAGAGAUCCUGAGGGAAAUAGUAUCCAUCUCCAGUACGAAGCUGGCGAGGGCGGCUUUCGGCCCAGGGGUGCCCAUCUACCAGCCUCACACCCUGACUUUGAUGCUGCCCAUGCUGCAGCCCGCGGUAGACCACCCUUCGUAGACCCUCUCGCCGAUGCAAACACAGAUGCUUCAUAUGGAUUCCGGUUCUCUGAAGAUGGACUUGCACGAACAGAACAAAGUGACUCAGAUGGCACUGUACGUGGAUCUUACUCCUACGUGGAUGAGGAGGGUCGAACACGAUCCUACUCAUACACAGCUGGGCGUGGAAUUGGCUUUGUUGUUGAGGGCGACGAUCUUCCACAGUCACCAGCAGCUCCUGGAGCCACUCCAGCUGCAACACGACUUUCGUCUUCAGCUGGACGACUCCCUUCACCCAGUUUACGCAGAGCAGGCGCCCCCUCUUCAGGAACUUCAAGCGUUUCUACACAAGCCUACGCUGGAUCUACAAGCUUUAGUGCAGGAACCAUCUCUGCUGGUGCAGGGGCUUCACGUACUCCCUCUAGAUUUGCCCCUGUUCGUCCUGCAUUCACGCCCGCAUUAACUCAGUACAGCUCUCCAGCUGCACGACCCUCUCCCUCUACUUACCAACAGACUCGCCCAUCACGACCCUCUCCCUCUACUUACCAACAGACUCGCCCAUUCGAAUCUGCCAACACUCACAGCCAAUUGUCUCCUGAUGGUAGUUACUCCUUCGCUUACGAUACUUCUAGUCACUCACGAGCAGAAUCUGGUGACAAAGCCAACAAUGUGGCAGGAAAAUUCGACUUCGUUGCUAAGGAUGAUGGACAAAGAAGGGCAAUUAACUACCAAGCAGGAUCCGCAACAGGAUUUACCGCUGAAGGAGCUCAUAUUCCUGUAGGACCCCCAGUUCCUGGAUCAUCCACUGGACAGCCUACUGGUAGAAUUGUUCCUGUACAAGAGGUUCCCUUCAUAGACCCUCUGGCUGAUUCCAAAUCUGAUGCAUCCUACAACUUUGCCUUCGAUUCCGAGCAGUAUUCACGAUCGGAGAGUGCUGAUGCCGAUGGCAAUGUACAAGGCACCUAUACGGUGGUGGACGAUGACGGCACUCGCCGCACUUAUCGAUUCCGGGCCGGUGAAGGCAUCGGCUUUGAAACUGAGGAAGUGUCUACUUCUCGCGGUUCUCGUCCAUCUUCAUCCUCUUUUGCUACAGCUACAACUGGUACAAGAUCUUCAGCCUUGACUGCCCAAGAUGCAUCUGCUCGUGGUGUUCAGGUUUAUUCUUCUCCAUCAGCACGUCGACCAGCCUCCGUUCCAUCCACAUAUUCUUCAUCUUCAAUCGGGACAUUUUCAGCUUCGAGGUCCCCGCUGAGAAGUACCUUCACACCCACCUCUACACGUGAAGUGUUCCCAGGCUUCAAGCUGCGUCAGUAUGAUGCGUCUGACAAUGCUGAGAAGUUUGGUUAUGUAUUAACUUUUGACAAUUAGAGCAAACUUUGAUGACGCCCAUCAUAAUUUCGUUGUCCAGUUUUUAGAGGAAAUUAAAAAAACCUCGCUCAUUCAUUUACACUUACAAAGGAUACCAGUAAAACUAUACUCACACAGCCGUGUUUUACCGGCCUCUAUGCUCACAAAAGCUACGGUGAUGGGAACAUAGGCCUUCCUGCUACACUCAGGACAAGCAUCGGCCGCCACAACACAAACACCAAUACCAAGCAUGGCUUAUUUGAUAUGGCCAAUUAUACCAUAACACUUCAAAGAUAAUAACAUUCAUAUUUAGCUCUAGUGAUUACUCCAUAAUAAUAAUAAUUAAUAAAGUUUUGAAGUUCA